AUGUUUGCUCCACAAAAUUUCAAGAGAUGUCCAUGGCAUGCACGAUUUGCAAUCACACGUUGCAUUGGAAGAAUCGUUUGGUCCACUGUUAAGCUUCUCGAUGUCUUCGUUGCUCACGCUGUAGACGAAAGGCAUACUGUAAAAGUUAAAAAUUUGAAACAAAAACAAUCAAACGAAUACAAAAGUUCCAAAAUUUACCUAUUAUUAUAGCUGUCCUCCAAUUUUUUACCCGCCGCGUUAAGGCAUCUUUUGAUCCCUCCUCGCCUGUUCUUCACUCCAGCUUUUAACGUGAUCUUGUCCUUGUUCGCCUCGUUCGUACUGAGCAAAUCCACAAUGCAUCCACUGC